ACGCACAUCCAGGCCCGCCUCCGGCCCCUCGGGCACAACCCCCCGAAGCCAUGUCGACCAUCGCCUCACCGCGCGAAUCCUCCGUCGCCCCCCUCCGCCGCCUCCCCUCCUCCGGCACGCCCACCUCCUCGGGCCGGCCAUCUCUCGAAGCCGCCCGCUCCGCCGUCACCUCGCCCGUCAACAACGCCAACCCAACAGCAUCAUCGGCCGCCGCCACCGGUACCGCAGCAGCGGCAUCAUCAUCAUCAUCCGCGGCCGCCGCCAAGCGCUCCAAUCGCGCCGCCCUCCGCGAGUACUACAACCUCCGCGCUGCUGCUGCCGCCGCUGCCGCCACCGCGGGUGCGACGACGACGCCGACGCUACCGCGCAUCGAGGUCCCCGACUCGGAGGUGCCAGCCAGUGACCUCGACGCCGCCGACUUCAACGCCGACGAGUACGUCGACAAGGUGGUCGCGGAGAGCGGGCUCGAGGACCUGCUGCGGCUGUACGCGCAGGUGGUGGGCGAGGUGCGCGCGCUGGACGCGGAGAAGAAGGCGCUCGUCUACGACAACUACAGCAAGCUCAUCACGGCGACGGAGACGAUACGAAAAAUGCGUGCCAACAUGGAUCCCCUGAACCCAAUGGCCUCGACGCUCGACCCGGCCAUUGCCCAAAUCUACAGCCAGGCCUCGUCCAUACGAGAGGCCGCGCGCGCCUCGGUGCCGGCGCCCGACACGGAGCAGGGCCAGAGGAGGGAGGCCGAGGCGCGCCGGAGACGUACCAAGGAGCUCGCGGCCGAGGCGCUGGCCGUGCCCCCGCGUUUGCGGGCCCUGGCGAAGGAGGGCAAGAUGGAGGAGGCGAGGCGACAGUGGGAGCUGCCGCGGAAGCUGCUGGUGUCGUGGAAAGAGCAGGGCGUCGGGGGCGAUAAUGUGCAGGCGCUCAUCGACGAGGGUGACGCCAUCGUGAGGCCAACGAGAGAGCCGCCGUCGGCCAGGACAUCCACGGCCAGCCGAUAGGAAACGAGGGAAGCCACGACAAUCAAGGCCUGUUCGCAACUCUCUACUUUACAGCAACGCCGUUCAACGCCGCGCUCCUCGACACGUCUUAGGACAACUCGCUGACAUCCAAAAUCCUAAAUGGGUCCUUGUCAUUGUGACUCAGCACCACCUGCGCCUCGGGCACUGUCCUCCGCAACUCUGUCUCGAGCUGCGGUCGCAAGACCUCGUUGAGGUAGCCUCGCUCCGAGUUGCUGUGGAACACCUGCACCAACGUUCUGCCCUGCUGGAUCGCCCGGAGCGCCGAGUGGUGGCUCGUCUCGCCCGUCACGAGCAGGUCCACGUCGGCGCUUUUCAGCACGUCGUAUCCGCUGCCCGCGCACACGCCGAAGCUCCGUACCUCGGUGGUCUUGACAUCAGCGCCAACGGGGCUCGCGAUCAUGAUGUGCCGCAGGCCGCCCAGCUUUUCGGCUAGGCGCUUCAGAAUCUCUGCCAAGGGCACGGGCUUCUUCGGGUCGAAGCGGCCGAUGGCUCCGUACCCCGCCGGUGAGUGCGACUCGGGAGCCGCGGCGCAAGGGAUGGCCACGGAACGGUCACUCUGGUGCGGGCCCGAGACGAUGUCGGCGAGCCACGUGUUGAGGCCCUUGGGCGCCGCGUCGAUGGCUGUGUGGGGACAAUAGACGGCGAUGCCGGCCUGGACGAGGCGCAGGAGGGUGGUCUGCUGCGGAUCCUUGUGGGUGAUGGACUUGAGGCCGGAGAAGAUGAAGGGGUCUGGGUCUGUCAGAAUGAAUCACACAUUUACAUGAGAGAAAAGUGAGUCGGCGACGCACGAUAGCUGACUAUGACGGCAACGCCUUGCUCAAUGGCAUCCAUGGCAACUUGGUACGUGAGGUCAUUGGUGACGAGAACCUUGGUGCUCGAGUUUGCACCGUCGGCGCUGCCAACGAGCAGGCCGACGUUGUCCCACGAGCGAUCCGCGAGCUCCUCGGGAUACCUGUAGAAUCCGCUGCGUCAGACGCUGCUCCCCAGUGUUGUUUUAUCCUAAACCAGAGCUCUCGAUGGUCUCACGAGUGACGGCGAAGAGGGGCGUACUUACAGCCUCUUCAUGGCGUCGACGACGCGCUGCGUGAACCGCGACGGCUGGACCUGCCACGCGCCCCAGGCGCCGCCCGAUUCCGCGUCACUGGCCAUGAUGCUGGAGCUGCUGCUGCUGCUGCUGCCGUCGUCGCCGUCUGCGGGCUGAUGCCGUCCUUGCCGCUGGGGUGAGCUCGUGCGAAAGGCCCGCUGCUGCUGUGCGCGGAUGAGCGACGCGGCGGAGGAGUUUGGACGAGCG